AUGUCACCAACACCUUUCGAAAUGAUUGUCAUUCUACUCGUGGUGGCUACUGCUUCAGCACUUUUGAUUCUCUGGAUUCUUUACAUCAAUCGAAAAACGAUUGUCAACUACAUAAAGUCGCUGUCUGCCCCCGAACCAGCUGUCACUGAAGCUGUGGCUCCGGAGAAAUCCAUGGCUCCAGAGAUUCCAAGACGUUCAGUUCAAAUCGUUCCCCCAGAAAUCAAAGUUCCUUCUCCGAGAAAGUCGGUUCAGUUGUCGAGGAAAUCAGUGGAUGUUCAUUCGGUGGAGUCAAUUGAUUUGGAUGAUGAGAAGAAGGACACCAAAGAAGAACGUAGAAGAUCCAGUCAUGUGUUGACAAUUCCAGUGACUCCAGCAGUUAAAGGCGAUGAAUACAUUUAUGUUUAA